CUUUCGCUUCCUGAUACCUGCUCAACUCCAGUCGCUCCGUGACUACGAGCAGCACAUCAUAUUGCUUCGGCGUGACAAUCUGCGGUUACGGUUGCGACUUUACUUCCUGGUGAGGCAGGACCACUAUGAACCCAUUGAAAAUAAUCCUGAUGCUACUGCACAGCUCACAGAAUUGCACAAAAUCAUUGAUGAGGAAAUCAAAAAAAUUUCUGAUGCUCUGAAGGAACGAGAUGCCCUCUUUGACGGAUAUAGGGGGAAGAUUGAGGAACUAGAGCGUCUCCUGGAGCGUGCAUAUCAGGAUAAGUCGGAGCUUAACAAAGAACUCUGUAAAUGGAAAGAGAUGACAGAGGACGGUGCCCAUGGGGACAGUGUUCAGAAUGAGAAAUGCAGCAGUGAGUUAGGAGGUGAAGUAAAGGGCCAAAGCUUCCAGGAGCUUGUGGACAGGGAAUUUCUGAACGAGAAACCAAAGGUGGAAAAUACAACUAAGGUGCAGGAGCUCGUCUCUGCCCACACUGUGAAGCUGGAAAAGACUGGAGGGUCUCCAAACAGCCAGGAUGUACUGUGGUCUUCUGUUCAACCCAGAGUUCAAGCAUUUCUCCAGCUGAUUGAAAGCUCACUCGCAGCUGGUGACAUCGAGCAGGCUCGUCAAGUGGAGGAGGACUUUAAGAGGCAGCUAAGCACGAUAACGGACAGCUGCUGCUCAUCAUUCUCACCAUUGCAAAGUGCACAAGAAAUUGAGGGUCAAAGUUCCACUACCACGCAAAGGAGUCUGACAAGCAGGUUUGAAGCUGAACCUUGGAAUGAAAACUCAACGGAGAUCGCCAAGAUUCCUUGCCCAUCACCCACAGCUCCCUCAGAAUUUGUUAUUCCAAGUUCUGUUACUGUGCACCGAGGUGAAAGAAGCAGCCUUGAGGGCGACUAUGGAAAUGAAAGGCUGAUUGACAGUUUGAGCAAUGACAUAAGGCACUUGAAGUCUCGUCUUCAUGCAAGUCAGACUCGACGUCGACAGCUCGAGAUGGAAAUUAAGUCGACUUCCCAAUUGCACGUUGCUGUAUGUAAGCAGAAAGACAAGCUUCUGGAAUCUGCUAAGAUGGAGAUUCGUGAUUUGAAGAGACGAGCUGAGGAGGCACUUGAGCUGAAAAGUCGGCUGGCUGAACUGGAAUCUGAAUGCAAUUGUCUACAUUCUGCCAUUCAUCAGAAGACAACUUUCAUCGAGGAGCUACUUUUAGACAGGAGCAGGACCAUGGAGGAAACUGAAAAGACAGUGGAAGACUUGAUUGCAUCCUUGAGGCAGAAGGAUGAAUUCUUGAAACUAAAGGAUGAGUCUAUAAAGGACUUGGAGGCUAAGUUAAAGCUAUUGGAGAAUGCAGCCGCAGCUCAUGAAAAAUGUAUUGUUCAACAACAGAAUCUAACUGGCUCUUCAUGUGUGCCUGGUGAAAGCCUACCUGCUUCCAAUUCUGUGGAAAUCACACCUGAGCGUUGUGGGAGAAUUUUAUUUUUUGCAUCCCCAACAUCACCUGAUGGAUCAGAGACGGCCACUGUUCUGCAUCUUUCGCAGUGUGCAUCAGAAGUGAAGGAUUUGUGUGAGGCUGUUUGUGAGUUGGCUCAGGAAGUUUUGCCAGAACUAGCCACAUUUGACUUUCCUAGGAAUGGUACUGUUCCUGAGCUCAUUGAAAUUUUGAGCGCUGCACGAGAGAAGGGUUUGCAGUUCUGCAUGCGCAGUCAGAGUGGCUAUGAACAUGAAGGACAUCUUCAAGUUGGGCCGGAUCCCUCACAGAUAGCUUUGCCUGCAAAUCUUGGUGGAAAGCUUCAGGAGCUAUCACUCUUGCUUGGAGUUGAGUGUUCGGUUGUACCAGUCUGUCUGAGGGAUAGUGUAGGUCUUCUUGAUACACUCAUUGAGAAAACAAAGGAAGAGUCCAUUCAUAACUCAAAGGAUUCAGCAGCCUUUCAUGUUGAUCCAAAUUCACCAGAAGGUCAGGGUCAGGCAUCCCACAGUACCCCCAUCGACACGUCAUUCCGACAAUUUUCAAAUGGAUGUGAUCAUCUAGAAGCUGCAGAUUAUCAGAAGGAGCUCCUUGGUGAACUUGACUCUGCAUUGGAGUGUGUUGGACAGCUGCACAACGAAGUUGAAGCUUUGUCUCUCACACCCACCUCGAGCAUGCUCAAGAAGACGGAUGGCAGCACAGAUGAGUUGGUGUUUGCUGUUGACUCCACAGGGCAGUUGGUUCAAGUGGCCCUUGAGUCUGGCGAGCAAAAUGAACACAUUGCAAAGGAAGUGUCUGUGCAGACUGAAGCAGAUGAUGAUGUGGAGUCUUUGAGGAGUGAGCUAAGGAACGCUAAAGCACAGGUCAAAUUUUUACAAAGGUCCCUGAAGGACUCGUUCUCAGUGAAGAUAACAGAGUCCCCCACUGGUCCAAAUGCACAGCCAUUGAUUGAAAUAGACCAAAAUUUGCCCCAUCAUGGCUCACUAGCCAGUCAGAGUCCCCGCAAGUCUGCAUUGUCAGCUAAUCGGCGUUGGCGAAAGCAGCUCACAAAUCAGAAGAUGUCAGAGUUUGGUUUGUCAGAAAAUGUGUUUGAACUCCAGGAGGAGAUCUUUUUUCUUGUGCUGAGGAUUGAAGACUUGGAGAGGCAACUGAAGGAAAGUUCAGAGAUAAUGAUCUCUAAGUACAAGGAUCAACCUGCAUCUGAGCAGUCGGUCUUAACAGAUGCUUGCCUGUUGGAGAAGAAUGCUGCCCUGGAGCGGCAGUUGCAGGACAUGCAGGAGAUGUCAGUAGUGCUUCUGUGCCGGUUGGAAGAGCUGGCAAAAUUCCUAGGGCAGCUGCUGGCCUACGACGAGACUGGAUCAUUGGGGUCCGUGACUCUUUCUCCAGCCAUGGUGGCCAAGAUCCGCCAGUUCGUCGCAGACAGCAAGGAGAUCUCCAAUUCCUUCCACUCCAUGUCACAAAGUUUUCUUGGUUCUGACACGAGCAGUGUUCUCAGUGACCACCUGUCAAAGAGAGGUUCACUGGAUAAGAAUAUGCAGUCAUUCUUAUCUCUUUCAAAAAAAAAUGAAGAUGGGACAGCUCUUGUGAAUAAACCAUCUACGGGCAAGCUGGACAUCAAGAUGAUCUCACCUUCCCCUGAAGAUUUCGCCUUCAUGGAAGACGAGCUGAAAAUAUUACGAGAUCGAGUGGCGCAGCAGCAGAGGGAGAUCUCCACCCUUACACGGCGUCUUGAAGAGGAGUGUCCUGAAAGGGCGUCUUCAGCAGCUGGAGGUAGGUGCCCUUCACGUCGCCAUCCUGGCACACCAGCGUCUCUCUGUGAAGGGGAGGACACGGAUGCAUCCUGGCGUUAUCAGGACCAGGUAGUCCUGGUGCAAGCUAGUGACAGUGAUGAUAUCCUGCUCCUGCUGAAUGAGAGGGGCCUUCCUGAGAAUGUCUACCUGCGGAGCACUUGGCAAAAGCAAGCUCUCAAUGCCCCUGAAAGCCCCAGCAUCCCAGCAGUGGCUUCAGCUGUAGCUGCGGAAGAGGCUGAUGCAGAUGCAGACUACUCUUCUUCAUCUCCUUCCCUGCUGCGAUGGAAAGAUUCUCGCAAUUCAGCUUUGGAAAACAAUGUACCACAAGAGCCAUUAGUGCCCAUUGGCCGUUUCCAGUGCUGGUCUUCAGAUUCAGACAUAUGGUCAGAGCCAGACCGUAGUGUCUCUGAGCAGCGAAUGGGUGGCGUCUGUCGCAAAGGGUGGAGCAAGCAGCCACGCAGGUCACCCAAGGAAGCAAGAAAAACUUUGGUUGGUGGACGGCAGGAGCCAGGCUCAGACACUGGGCUCAAGAAAGCCAAGGACACUUGGCCUGACGUGUCCCGAGGGAAGCGGCUGAGCUGCCCAGCAGCAGACGGAGGGCGUAGUAAGCGAGCCACACCAACCAGCUAUAUAAAAACUCGAGAGCUGGAAAAGCUUCUGCGAAGAAUUCAGCAAUGUGGAUCCAGGCUUGAAGAUACCUUGGCUGUACAUAAGGAAUCCUGCCAGAAAUUGUUGGGAACCACAUCAGGAGAAAGCUCAAAGGAUGCCACUGCGUCUCCACAACUGAAGCAAAUAGAUUUGACAGAAUCUCAUGCAAACUCGAUGCGCAAACUGCAGUUCCGCCUGGAAGAAAUGUUCAUAAAUAAUCAAGUUUUGCAGGAACUUCUCAGUGAAUAUCUUGCAUCUGAAAAAGUGGUCUCUGUUGAAGCCAGCACUCCUUCAGGAGUUGGAGCUGAUGCUAGGGCGAGUGCUACUGAGCAGCUGAACCAGUGCAAAAAGGAGCUUGAGUGCAAGGAGAGGAGAGAAGAAAUCUUGAAGAGGGCCAUAGUUCGGGAGCAAAACUCAAAAUUGCAGUUGGAAAAAGAGCUGGCAGACUGUCAAAAGGAACUACAGUCUCUCCAUGAAGCACACCGGAUUCUCGAAGGAGACUACAAGGCACUUGUUGAGAGAAAUGCUGAUUCUAUUACAAAGGAACACCAAAAUCAUUUGUCUCUUGGGGGGCUUGAAGGCCCCACCAGGUUGGAUCAUAUUAAGAGUUUGAGCAUUGAGAAGGGCAACUCUGAAGAAACAAAGGUGUGUGAUGAUAGUUGUGCUUUGAUGUCACGGGUUCAUCAGCAAGCCCAAGAGAUUGCAAGGCUGGGCAAAGAAGAAACAUUGCUUAGGGACAAGGUCAUGAACCUCUUGGAGGAGAAAGCACUGCUAUUACAGAAACUGGAUACGACACAGCAUGAACAUGAAGUACUCUCGGAGUCUACAAGCAACAAAAUUUCUGAGUUAGUGACUAAACUGGGUCCACUAUCCACGCAGAACAAGAACCAACAAGAGGAGAUCAGGGGUCUGAGAGAGAGGUGUGACAGCCUAUCUCGAGAGAAGGUGACUCUAGAAUGUGACAUAGAUGCAGCCUUUUCAAAGCUUGAAGGGCUGCGAGUAGAAAACCAAGAUCUGAGAGAUACCCUGCUUGCACUACGAAAACAAGAGAGUCAGCUUCAAGAAAAGCUAGAGAAAGCAACAAAUGAACUGCAGGCUACAAAAAAAAUUUCUGAAGAGUACAGCCAAAGCGACAAGCUUUUGAGGAUGGAAAAGGACAAGUUAGCUGCCAAAAUAGCCGAUUUAUCAUUAUGUGUGGAUGGCUUGCAAUGUGAAAAGCAAUCGCUUUAUGAAGAAAAGCAGAGACUGAUCCUUCAAGUCAGUGCAGGGGAAGAUGAGGUGGAGCGAAUCACCAGUAAACUUCAAAAUUGUGAAGAGGAGUGCAAUACGUUAAGGACACAAAAGAUUGAGCUCGAGGCCUACUUGCAAGCUUCAAAUGAAAAACUUGAAGAAUCUGAGCAUUUGACUGAGCAACUUCGAGAAGAACUCAGUGCAACAAAGAUGAAACUUGAGAACAUGAGCUCGCGUUGUAAUCAUCUUGAACAAGAACUUGGUGCUUCCAAGGAUCUGCACAAGCAGCUGCAGUGGAAAAAUGAUGAAUUGCAAAGGACACUGGAGGCAGUUGGCAGAGAGGCACAGCAAAGCAAGAGCUUUGCAAGGAUGAGUGCAGACAAGAAGCACGUGAUUGCCAUUGUGGAACUGGAAGAUAGGAAGAAAAGCUUGCAGAGUGCAGUGACUGAGCUCAAGCUCAAGCUAGAAAGAGCAAUGCAUGAAAACAGAUGCCUGAGAUUUGAGCUUAGAGCAAGGGAGCAGUUCCAAGUUGGAAACAGUUCAGGUGCAGGAAACAUGAGCGCAUCAGAUGCGUCACUGCGGUUCAUCACUGCUCUAAACAGCAGCUCACCUCCUCGGCUAAGCCCUCACCAGGCCACUCCAGACUCCUCAUCCUCGAGGCAGCCUGUGACCCCACUGGGUGCUAGUCGUCAUUCCUGUACGCACUCCAGGUCACAGCACACCUCUCCUGACUUGGGUAUUGAUUCAGAUCCGAUGCCAGAGCAUGAGUUCUACUCAACACCUGCUGACUCAGUGGUAGCUCUCAUGGAGCACUGGCAGCACCGUAUGGGCCCUGAUUGGAGCAUCUCUACUGCACACUCGGCGCCCGACGCCAUUGGCAGUAACUGCCAGCUCUGCCAGCAAGGCAAGGAAAAUACCUCUUCAUGGAAGCUGAGAGCCAAUGCAACGUGCCCUGCUGGAGACCUGCUGGAACGAUCAGACUCCCAUUCUCCUUCAAAGAGCGGACUUCCAGCAAUAUCCUGCAGCUUUUCAUCGCCUGGAGUUCGGAUGUGUGCCAUUGUUCAAUUAUCUGAUCAUGAACAGCUCAAGAAGCGAGUGGAUGAGAGCAUCUGCUUGAUUCGUCGAGUAGAAAGUGUCGUUGAAGAAGCACUGGAAGCUCUUGCUGAUUUUGCGUCUGACUGCACAGAGCCUCCAGAAUGCAAAAGCCUACUUGAGGAUGCUGAAAAGGGAUGCCAAACAAUCAAAGGGUGCCUCACUGAUAGCUUCAGACUGAUUUGCAGCUUCACCAUUGCACCGGCACCAGAACCAAGGGAUGAAGCUGCCUUUGAGAAGCUGCGGUUGGAAUUCACCAAACUCCAGGAGGCAUACUCUAAACAGACAGCUGAACUUCAGUGUGCACGUGAGGAAAUCACAGCAUUCAAGGAGAAAAAAGAAGGAAUGGAAAAAGCCAUUUCCCGCCAAUUGAACAAGACAAAGAUGGUGCUUAAACAAACGCGGGGAAACUUGACAAGCAUGCGCAGCCGGGACUCCAAACCUGAAAGGGACCCCAAAGCUGAAAGAAACCCCAAGGCUGAAAGGAACUCCAGGGCUGAAAAAAAAUGAUUUUCUGUCAUAUUAGUAAAUGAUAAGAGUGGUGACCACUGUAAUUUUUAAAACUAGGUGUUUUAUAUAUUUCUCUCUAGAUUUUUGUUUAUUAUUUAGUUUUUAUGUUCUGUCAUGUAGAAGAGAAAAAUGCCAUAAAGCACAUCAUAAGUACAUAAGUUUGGUGGUGUAGGGCGCUUUGUGUGCUCUGGAUUUUGUGAGACUUGGAAAGUGCGUUUAGUGCUAAAAGCGUACUUACUGCAGUAAGCUUCAUUGGACUAUGUACUAUGUGCACAUUAGAAAACAUAUAGCUCUUGUAGUGUUCCCAUGUUGUAAUGCACAUGACUGCAUGUUAAGCACGAUACUACUUGCAAUCUUAUGUAGGCAGUAAUAACUCUCACAUUACGUCUCUGGGACCUGCAACAUUUGUAACUACAGUGACAAGGUAGUCUCAUUGUACAUAGCAGCUGUAUUCACAAAGGAAAUAUAUACCAUGCAUUGAAGAA